CAGACCGACUUUUCUUUUCCCCAUCGCCUCACAAAAAAUAGACGAGCCAUAAAGAGAGAAAGAGAGAAAGACAAGAGGGAUAGGAAAAAGGAGAGGAGAUCUCUAUAUUCUUGACGAAGCCCGCCAUGAUGACCGUUGAUGUCACGGCUGAGACGGCCGAGCGCCAUGGGCUGCGUCUGCCCAACCCUCCACCGCUGUUACACACUCGGUCGAGUCACGAACCCUUCGAUCGUCCGUCGACGCCUGCUGAGAAUGGUUUCACCAGUCCUGUCCAGACGCCUCAGGGCAGCCCCAGCAAGAACCGUUAUCCGCCGGGGUCCAUUGACCUGCCGAACGUCUUUGAGAAAGCGCUGAAGUUGACCCCGUCGACGCCCAACAAUGCCGCCUACCAGCACCCCAUGUUUGGCACCCCUAAGAGCGGCGAGUUCAAUGAAAGCGUUAUCCACCAGCGGCCGGUCAGUCCUACCCGCCAGGGCAACAAGGAGAAUAGGCCUCCGAGCCCGACUCGGCUGGGCAAGGAUCUGGGGCUCAAGACCAAUGCGGCGGCCAUCUCGCGCCAGGAGCCGUAUCAGGCCAAGGAUCCGGACACCGUGCAGCGGAGACAGGUGCAGCUUCGAGGCCUGACCCCAGAGGAGAUGGAGAAACUGCAACAGCCGCGGGUCAAGCGCCUGGUGAAUGUCACUCAGCUUUAUUUCCUUGAUCACUAUUUUGAUCUUCUCAGCUAUGUCCAUAACCGUCAGACCCGCCACUCACAGUUCCGCGCCGCAUACCCAGACCCCCCCGCCACUCCGAUGGACGAGUACGAACCGGCCUUGCUCAAGUAUCUCGGUCGCGAGCGGGCCAACCUGCGCAAAAGACGCACUCGUCUCCGCCAGCAUGAUUUCCAGAUCCUGACUCAGGUGGGCCAGGGAGGCUAUGGACAGGUGUAUCUGGCGCAGAAGAAGGACACGCGCGAGGUCUGCGCGCUCAAGGUCAUGAGCAAGAAACUGCUGUUCAAGCUGGACGAGAUCCGCCACAUUCUGACGGAGCGCGACAUCUUGACGGCAGCCAAGAGUGAAUGGCUGGUGAAGCUGCUCUACGCUUUCCAGGACGAGAGUCAGAUCUACCUAGCCAUGGAGUACGUGCCUGGAGGCGAUUUUCGCACCCUGCUGAACAAUACCGGCGUCCUGCACAACCGCCACGCCCGCUUCUACAUCGGAGAAAUGUUCUCCUGCGUCGAUGCCCUCCACAUGCUCGGUUACAUCCACCGUGAUCUGAAGCCCGAGAACUUCCUGAUCGAUUCCACGGGCCACGUCAAGCUGACCGACUUUGGUCUGGCCGCCGGCAUGCUGAACCCGGUCAAGAUCGAGUCGAUGCGUGUCAAGCUGGAGGAAGUGGGCAACACCCCUGUUCCCUUUGGCCGGCCGAUGGAGCAGCGGACCAUGGCUGAGCGCCGGGAAGGCUACCAGUCGCUCCGUAAGCGCGAGGUCAACUACGCCAAAUCCAUCGUCGGCUCACCCGACUACAUGGCGCCGGAAGUGCUCAAGGGGGAGGAGUAUGAUUUCACCGUCGACUACUGGAGUCUGGGGUGCAUGCUCUUCGAAGCCCUUGCCGGGUACCCGCCCUUUGCCGGCGCCACCGUCGACGAGACAUGGCAGAACCUGAAGCGUUGGCAGAAGGUGCUGCGCAAACCCGUGUACGAAGACCCCAACUACUUCCUCUCACGCCGGACGUGGGAUCUCAUCACGCGUCUGGUGGCGGCCAAGGAGCAGCGGUUCAAGAACAUCCGCGAGAUCCACGAGCACGAGUACUUUGCCGAAGUCGACUUUGCCAAUCUCCGUGAGCAGCGUGCCCCCUUCGUGCCCGAGCUCGAUUCCGAGACCGACGCCGGCUACUUUGACGAUUUCACCAACGAAGCCGACAUGGCCAAGUACAAGGAGGUGCACGACAAGCAACGCGCACUGGAAGAGAUGGCCGACCGCGAGGACAAGAUGAGCAAGGGCUUGUUUGUCGGCUUUACUUUUCGUCAUCGCAAACCAGAUGGAUCUGGCGCUCGCAGCUCGCCCCGCAAGGCGAUCCCAACUGAUGGAUCAUUCGGCACGAUGUUCUGAAUUAUCUUCUCUUCUUUAUUUUUUUUUUUUCACUUCAUUCUCUAUUAUUCGAUACGGCGAGCUGGUACUCGAUUCGUCUAUACGUGAGUUUCAUUGGCUGAGAUUGAAUGGCCUGGCCCGGGGAUAUCAUGGGUUUCAUUCUUCCUCUUGUUUUUUUCUUAUCCCAAAAUGAUUUUUAUUCCCUUUCCUUUCCUUUCCUUUUUUAAUGUGAGCGGGUGCAGUUCUAUUUUGCUUGCUGGAGAUAAUAUGUUACUGGUACUCGGCAAGGGUUUCCCCCUGGUUUUCCUGGCGUUGUAUGAUAGAGACCCAUCCGCUGGGCAA